AUGGGGAAGACGACCAAAUGGAUCAAGAAUUUGUUGGCCGGAAAGAAAGACAGAACCACCAAUCAGCCACCAAUCGCCACCCAAGAUCGAACCCCACGAACCCCCAUCUCCACCCAUCCCACAACUCCCAAGGAGAAGAGCAGAUGGAGCUUCCGGCGAUCAUCCGCUACCUCCACCACAACUCCCAACUCCACCGACAUUGCAUCCACUACACUCCCCUCUUUCCAACCUGAAAAUUUUGAACACAAGAACCAUGCUCCGGCAAUGGCAGCACCACAAGGUGAGGCAACCACCAUGAUACGUCUCACCAACAUUGAUGUCAAGGAGGCUACUUCCGCCAUAAAGAUUCAAUCAGUUUUCCGCUCUUACUUAGCAAGAAAAGCUUUACAUGCAUUGAGAGGACUAGUGAAGCUGCAAGCGUUAGUUAGAGGUCACCUAGUGCGAAAACAGGCAGCUGAAACCCUUCGGUGCAUGCAUGCACUAGUGAUGGUUCAAGCUAGAGCUCGUGCUCAAAGAAGAACCAAAGAUCAUAGAUCUCUUCAAGGUGUCUAUAAUCAAGAACUAAUGGAAGAAAACAUCAAGAUUGUUGAAAUGGAUAUGGGUCAUGCUCAUGCAUGGCCGUGUGUCUCCCCGGAGCCUCCGGAAGACUUUGACCAAUCUGGUCAACUAUACUACUCGAAACCCGAUCAUUCUAGACCACAUUCCACAUAUUCUAUUGCUGAUUAUACGGAAACUAUCAAUGAUUUGGGUGUGUGCCCAAGUUAUAUGGCUAACACCCAGUCCUCGAGGGCCAAAGUUCGAUCCCAGAGUGCUCCUAAACAGCGUCCUGUGGAUCAGACUUGGGCCCACGGGAGACAGUCUACAAGUAGUAUUAAGAGGAGACCUUCUCUUGAGGGGAGGAAUGUGCCACGAGCUAUCAGGAUGCAACGGUCAUCGUCUCAUGUUGGUGCGGGUGCUAACACAAAUCACUAUCCGUGGUCAAUCAAGCUCGACAGGUCAAGUGUUUCUCUUAUGGAAAGUGAAUGUGGCUCCACGAGUACUGUUCUAACCAAUGGCUAUUAUAGCAAGUCAGUGGUUGGAUAUGGAUAUUGA